UAAAAAGUGAGAAGAGAGUAGAGAGAGAGAGAGAGCCACUGCGAGCCAAAGAACCCAACAAAAAAAAGAUUUCUCGAACAUUCCCACUUUUUUUUUUUUUUUCUUUUUUUGUUUUGUUUUGAGCGGUGAGUUAAGAGUAUUAACGGGCUUCGUGGCGACUGUUGUGUACGGGGGAGCCUUCAUGGAAACGGAGGCGUUUGGAGUAUCAUCUAAGGCAACGGCGGCGUCGGUAGAAGCGUCGACGGUGUUUCCUGGGUUUAAGUUCUCGCCGACUGAUGUGGAGCUUAUUUCGUAUUACUUGAAGAGGAGGAUGGAUGGUUUGGAGAGGUCCGUCGAGGUUAUACCUGACGCUGAGAUUUACAAUUUCGAGCCUUGGGAUUUGCCCGAUAAGUCGAUUGUUAAAUCUGAUAACGAGUGGUUCUUCUUCUGUGCCCGUGGCAAGAAGUAUCCACAUGGUUCACAGAACAGGAGAGCAACAAAGAUGGGAUACUGGAAAGCCACUGGGAAAGAACGUGAUGUGAAGUCUGGUUCUGAGGUCAUUGGAACUAAGCGGACGCUUGUUUUCCAUAUUGGCCGUGCUCCUAAAGGCGAACGAACUGACUGGAUUAUGCACGAGUACUGCAUGAAAGGAGUAUCACUGGAUGAUGCUAUGGUUGUUUGCCGGGUUAGGAGGAACAAAGAAUAUCAUAGUGGUACAAGUCAGAAGACACCACAGCCAAAUGUAGCAGCCGAGAAACACAUGACGUUGCAAAAUGGUGCUACUAGUUCAGAGAGCCCAUCUGAUUGGGACAACUUGGUUGAUUUUUACCUAGCUGGUGAAUCAGGGGACAAACUGCUGGGUGAGAUGGCUGAAUCAUCAGAAAAUCAACAGGUGCAUAAUGAAGAGGAUUUCUUUGCGGAUAUCCUAAGGGACGAAAUCAUCAAUCUUGAUGAAGCGGUGAAGACAGGGAACACAUCAAACGAAGUCCCAACACUUGAAUCAGCAUCAAUGGAGAUAAGGGUACUUCCUUUACCAAACAUGAUAGACAAACAAAUGUCUUCAUUGUUAGAGGAAAGACCAUCACAGAAGAAGAAAGGACAAGAUGCCACGGAAUCAUUAUCAAGCUGCUUCGUUGGUCUAUACUCGAUCAAAUCAGUGAACAAGGCACGAUGGGACGUUAUUAUAUGUGUAGUUGCUCUGGUAGCAAUGUUGUUUUAUCUAGAAUAAUUAAAGUCUCUUAUGGAAAAAAAGAAAAAAAAAGGGUAGGAACCAGUGUGCCCCCUCCUGUGUUGUUUUUUUUGUUCUCCAUGUUGUCAAGGAGAAUAGCUUAUGUUUGUAUUUUUUUUUUUUUUUUUUUUUGUGUUUAAUGUUUACAAUUCUACUCAGCUCAAAAUCUCGAACUUAGAAGAAGGUGAAUUGAAAAAGGAAGAUGUUUUUAGUGAUCAAUAUAGGAGUUUGGGUAUGAAUUGAUGAGAA